AAUUAUAUACAUUCAUUUAAAAAAAAAAUUAAAAUACACACGUACAUAUGCACAUGCAUGUAUAUACUUGGCAACAUUUUAUGCAAGUAGAAAAGUCUAUUGGCUUGGGUCAUGACUCAUGUAGACGUGUGUAUAUAGGAGCGGAGGAAGCGAAGGGGAAGCGCCAAUUUCAAUCGAGAUAAGGUCUGUCCCUUCUUCACUUCCUUCUUCCAUCCUCCGCCCUUCUUUCUUUUCGUCUCUGUUUCACUCAGACAGAGAGAGAGAGAGAGAGAGAGAGGGAGGGUCUCUGUGUCUGCGCGCGCUGCAGCUGGAAUCUCCUCUCGUAAACCCUAGAACCUGACGCAGGACCAUGACUGCUUCGCAAGCUUCUCUCAUCUACAGACCUCCCCUCCCCCACUGUUAUAUCUCCUCGAAACGCCCCUCUCUCUCUUCUUCCAAUUUCCUCCCUUCUCCCUCCCUGUCCUCACCUCUCCUUUCUCUCUAUGCAAAACCUUUCUUCCGCCACCACCGCAUAUCUCCUGUUCCUUGCGCAUUGCGUCCGGACGAAGUCAACUUGAGCGCGGAAUCGACCUUCCCUGCCGAUGACUCAGUUUUGGAUUCCGAAAGUCCUCAAAGCAUUGAACUCGAUGGGGACUCGGUCGCCGCCGAAAAUUUGGAGAGCGACAACGGGCGGGGAGGUGAAUCUAGGGGGGAGAAGCUGUUGAGCGAUGAGUUUAGUGGUGAGGAGGUGAGUAGUGAUGCAAAAUCUGUCAGGGUUAGGGCGGUGGUCUUCUUGAUGGGCGUGGUGGCGGCGGCGAGGAGAGCGUUUGAGAAUGCUUGGCUAUCGGAUUGGUUCAGUUGGUGGCCGUUUUGGCGGCAGGAGAAGAGGUUGGAGCGGCUGAUUGCGGAGGCGGAUGCGAGUCCGAAGGAUGCGGCAAAGCAGUCUGCUUUGCUGGUUGAGCUUAAUAAGCACAGUCCCGAGUCUGUCAUCAAGCGUUUUGAACAAAAUGAUCACGUGGUAGAUAGUAGAGGAGUUGCUGAAUAUCUUCGAGCCCUUGUGGUCACUAAUGCAAUUGCCGAAUAUCUUCCAGAUGAGGAUUCUGGAAGGCCUUCUAGUCUUCCUUCAUUGUUGCAAGAGUUGAAGCAGCGCGCAUCUGGGAACAUGGAUGAGCACUUUUUGAACCCUGGUAUAUCUGAGAGGCAUCCAUUGCAUGUAGUGAUGGUUGGCCCUAAAGUGUCAAAUGGCUCAUCACGUUUUGUACGAGAGCUUAUCUCAACCAUCUUGUUCACUGUUGCUGUUGGUUUAGUGUGGUUUAUGGGUGCUGCUGCACUUCAGAAGUAUAUAGGAAGCUUAGGAGGUAUAGGAACCUCAGGUGUUGGCUCAAGUUCUUCCUAUUCUACAAAGGACUUAAAUAAAGAAGUUGUGCCAGAGAAGAAUGUCAAAACAUUUAAGGAUGUCAAAGGUUGUGACGAUGCGAAGCAAGAGCUUGAGGAAGUAGUGGAGUACCUCAAAAACCCAGGGAAGUUUACUCGCCUUGGGGGGAAGUUGCCAAAGGGGAUUCUUUUGACAGGAGCACCUGGAACUGGAAAAACUCUGCUUGCCAAGGCUAUUGCUGGAGAAGCUGGUGUACCUUUUUUCUAUAGGGCAGGCUCUGAAUUUGAGGAAAUGUUUGUUGGGGUUGGUGCUCGUCGUGUAAGGUCCUUAUUCCAAGCAGCUAAAAAAAAGGCUCCUUGCAUCAUUUUCAUCGACGAAAUAGAUGCUGUUGGAUCCACCAGAAAACAAUGGGAAGGCCACACCAAAAAAACGUUGCAUCAGCUGCUUGUUGAAAUGGAUGGUUUUGAACAAAAUGAGGGCAUAAUAUUAAUGGCUGCAACAAACCUUCCUGAUAUUCUUGAUCCAGCUCUAACAAGGCCUGGUAGAUUUGAUAGGCAUAUUGUCGUUCCAAAUCCAGAUGUGCGAGGUCGUCAAGAGAUAUUGGAGCUAUAUUUGCAGGAUAAGCCAUUGGCUGAUGAUGUAGAUGCUAAAGCAAUAGCUCGUGGUACACCAGGGUUCAAUGGGGCAGAUCUAGCAAACUUGGUAAACGUUGCUGCCAUAAAGGCUGCUGUUGAAGGUGCUGACAAGUUGACUGCUGCUCAGUUGGAAUUUGCAAAAGACAGGAUUCUUAUGGGUACAGAACGGAAAACAAUGUUCAUAUCUGACGAGUCAAAGAAGCUCACUGCAUAUCAUGAAAGUGGUCAUGCGAUUGUUGCCUUAAAUACUGAUGGUGCGCAUCCAAUUCACAAAGCGACAAUUAUGCCUCGUGGAUCUGCUUUGGGAAUGGUUACACAGCUCCCUUCAAGUGAUGAGACAUCAGUUAGCAAGAAGCAGUUAUUAGCCCGUCUUGAUGUUUGCAUGGGAGGGAGAGUUGCAGAAGAACUUAUAUUUGGGAAGGACUACAUCACAACUGGAGCAAGUAGCGAUCUUAACACAGCAACUGAGCUUGCCCAAUAUAUGGUUUCAAUUUGUGGGAUGAGCGAUGCAAUUGGACCAGUUCAUGUUAAAGAGCGACCAGGCUCAGAUAUGCAAUCACGUAUUGAUGCUGAAGUGGUGAAACUCCUUAGAGAAGCAUAUGAUCGUGUGAGAGCCCUGUUAAAGAAGCACGAGAAGGCAUUACAUGCAUUAGCAAAUGCACUCUUGGAGUAUGAGACACUAAGUGCGGAAGAAAUAAAACGUAUUCUUCUUCCUUAUCAAGAAGGACGGUUGCCUGAGCAACAAGAACAAGUAGAAGAAGAAGGGGAGCUUGUGUUGGCUUAAAUCUCUCUUCUUGCAUAUAAUCUAUUCAACUUUUGUGGGAGCUCUGUACAAUGUACCCCUACCAUUACAGGUAAUUAUUUCUACAUUCUUUUUUAUAUUAUUUUUUUCCACUUCUCCAUGUUUUGUAAAUUAUUGGAUCUGUGAUCAUUUAGAGUUUCAGCCCUUUCUGGGAAAAAUUUUGAAGGAUGUAUGUUAUUUUAGAUUUUUCUGAAAAUAAUAAGUUCAAUAUGAUGCCCAUUUACGCAUUUUAUUGGUGGAACUUCUUUCUAAGAAUGUCAGCACAGCUGCCAAAUCAGGGUCAGAAUGGAAUUGAAAUUUUGGCCUUGAUUCUGCUUUCAUCGAUUAGUUUCAGUGAGGCUAGAAUUGCAUUUUAUCAGAAUGCUGUGGAAGGGUGAUCCCACAUCAAAUCCAUGGGAAUUACCGAAUCUUUAUCUGCCUACUGUUUGUGAAGAUUAAAAUAACAUCCUGCAUCUCUCUCCCCAAAUUUACCCUUCAUCUCUACUCCCCAAUCUCUCUCAUUCCUCUCUUCUCAGAACACCCAUGUGACGUGGGUUUUGUUUUUUGGCAGUUGGCGAUGCCCAUGACCAAUGAAUCACCGGUGUUAAUGGGGCAACUGCAACCAACAUUGGAAUUAUUGUAGUUUAUUUUAUUUUAUUUUUGAGAUAGGAUUGGGGCUCUGUCUUUGUGAAAGAUCAUUGUUUUUUAUGGGUGCCUACAACCAUGAGGUCGCUGACAUCCAUGACAACCCAAAAUUUGGAGUUUUGAUGUCUUUUUUUCUUCUUCUUCUUCUUCUUCUCUUUGUUUAUUUAUUUAUUUAUUUUUGAGAUCUUAAACUGAAGGGCUGUAAAAUUGCAGAUCUGUUUAUAAGAAUAUACAGAUCUGCAAAAAUUACAUUUUAGAUAAAAUUGGCCUCUGUAAAAUUGCAGAUAUCUUCAUGCCAUGAACCUGGGUUGCCAGCAUUGGAGCUGGGUUCGCACAGUUGCAAGGAAUGUUGGUGAUGAUUGAGGUAGCUCUGUAAAAUCACAGUUCUGUUUUCAGUGGUCUAAACUAUGAGCUACAUAGUCACUCUGAAUCCACAUCACUUGAAUUGCUGGAUGGUGAGGGUCGCAUUUGACCAUGCUACUGUCAUUUACAUCGAGAUUGUAAUUGUAUAGGAUGUAUAUGGUAUUGUGAUUCAUAGAAUUAGAAUUCCACUCUUAGCAAAGAGUACCAGUCUUUUAAACAAUAUAGGUCCUAUAUAUUUUUAUAUUUAUUUAAUAUUUUUUUGCAAUGAAAAAAUGUACUUGGUUGGACUUCCUAGAUUAAAGGACGUCUUUGAAAUCAUAGGUAUGUUCAACCAAAUGCAAUAAUCCCAUUCUAACUUCAACUCAAUUCUUAUUUUGAAUCA